AUGACCCAACCUUUUGCCAACCCUCCUCCUCCCUCUCUUCCUACCCUGCCUGGUUUCCAUGUGAACUUCUCGUCUGUGCCGCGAGCACGAGUCGACAAGAAGGAAGAAGACAUGAAGAUACCUGAAGACACCACAAAAAUACCCGACACCUCGGAGCGAGGGUUCCUGUGUCCGUACACGGUGCAGUUCGCUGGGGCGCAACGUGAUCGGUUCCCUGGAUGGAGGCAUGAUAUCAGGCAGGGUAUGCUCGCAGGUCAUGACCUGGAGCCCUAUCCCGAUAACUUUACUGGCCAGUGGGACAACUACCCUCAGGUCUCCAGGCUUCGGAAGAACCUCACGGCCAUGUCUCAGUACUACAACCUCUACUUUGUCGCAUAUAGAGGUUGGAUACAUGUCUACAAGCCCAACCGCAAUGCCAAGAGGGUACUAGGCCGGCCCCUCGCCAUCCUGAACCCCUUCAUGUCCCAGACGCCUAUGGCCGAUAUAACACGAAACCAUAUCAACCCUCGCGUCACGAACGCUGUCAAUGAUAUGCUUGUCGGCGAUCUCGGCGACAAGGAGAUCCUGCUGAUCGCCAGGGACAACGGCGAGGUGGUGGCCUGGUACACGGCCACCAUCGCCCAGGAUGUCGAGGCCAGCCUGUCCGCGGGGGGAGGGGUUAGCGACGACGAGGACCAUGACCCCCCGACCGGCCGUGCAGAGAGGCUGCCGUCGCCCAAGCAUUUCUUCCACGACAACGUUGGCAUGUCAGCAUGGGGCCUGGCCAUCCACAAGAAGUCCCGGCUGAUUGCCGUCUCUGCCAACACCCAUGAGGUCACCGUCUUCGCGUUUGCGCUGGAUGGCCAAGAUGCCAACGCGCAGUUCAAGGACAGGCCCUUGAGCGUGACGGAGAUGUUCAACGGCACGCAAGGGUUGCGGUCCCGUCCCGUCCAGCCCGGUGUGCUACAGCAGAUCUAUGUGAGAUUGCAAGACCAGAGCUGUGACUCAGAAGGCCACGACCAUAGCAGUCCGGCCCACCGUCAGUGCCUGAAAGCCAGGAAGCAUGCCAUGAAACACAUGAACGAGAUCGGCCAGCUCGAGCGGCGGUAUUGUGACCGGCGGCGUCCCUGGAGGAUCAUCAUCCCAAUGGGCCCCGAGUCUUCCAAUCUCCCGAGCUUGUCCUUCUGCGAGGACCCGAGGGGUUAUGCAGACCGUAUCGCAGUUAUCGACAUCACCGGGGCCCUGUUUGUUGCCGACAUCUGGUCCCUCUGCACCAGGCCUUUCAAAGUCCCCAUGCACAACGUCCAGUCGCCAAACACAACAGCUAACGGCCAUCGUAUGUACCAGGAAGUCCAGGGCUGGAACGUGCUUGCUAUCACUGAUUCGCAGCUCCUUCCGACCCGGUCCGUCCGCUCAGCCAUCGGGCUUGCACCGUGCAAGGCUGUCUACCGUGGGAAGACGAACCGUGGCGCGUGGCUGGACACGUCCAAGUGCAUGGCUGACGUCCGACAUGACUCGGCUCACGAAGCACACGCCAUCCGCGUGGCCCGAUACGAGGAGAACGACUUUAGCUCUGCCCACGACGGCCUGUACCGCCACGAUGUGUUAUUUGAGACACGCCCUCUCAACGUGUCGGACAAGGUCGCACGCCCGGAUUUCAGAGACAAAGAAGGCGAGCUCCUGGCCAUGACCAUGGUCCCUCUUGAUGGCGAGCACCGCCCCUCAUUUGACGACUAUGAGGAACUUGCCGACUUUGUGGGUCCCGAGUCCUCUCAGUCGCGCAGGGCCCGCCUGCCCCGCGCGCUCACGCUGGCCGAGUUCCGCGACAGCAGAGGCUACGAGCCCGAAACGGCGCAUUUCCUGGCGGGCGUGAGUUUUCUACGCGCCAAUAGGGAGGACGUCGAGAUCCUGAGUCUGGCCGACACCAGCCAGACCUGCGGCGUCGUCUGCCACAACGUGCUCGGCGACGUGAAUCCGGGACAGGGGCGUGGCCCGUGGGACAUGCCAUAUAGUAAACGUUGCAGCAUGCUCCUGACCAUCCCGGAGCUUCACAUGGUCAUCCUGGGCUCCAUGAACGGGCGUGUCGCGCUGCUCACGCUUACGAAACCAAUGCCGAGCAACCCACCGCUAGGCACACCGCCCAAAAACAUCCCCGAGCGCGCCUUCCGCGUGGAUGCCGUGCUGCCGUUCGAAAGCGAGGACACGCGUAAGCAGCGGCCUUAUGUGUGUCUCCUGGGAAUUGCGGUGUCGCCUGUCCCCGAGGGUCGUGCCACUGGACUGAAACUCAGGGCGGAACGGCAACAUGCGCACGGCGGGCGGCGGUGGCGGCAUCGUGGUGCUGAUGGAAGGAGGGCGGUGACGGCGGCGGUGGAGGCAGAGGAGGAAGAGGGGGCCGCCAGUCCGCCGAGGCGGUGGCGCCUGAUCCUGCACUAUAUGAAUCACGACAUACUGCAGUAUGAAAUCGCCAGACGGCCGGACGGGGCCGAGGCGGAGUCGGAGUGGGAGGAGAGGGCCUGGCGAAAGGAGUGGGACAUCAGCCGCCGUGCGUCGGCACUGGCCCGCCGCAACGAGGAGGACGAGGAAAAGAUCCACCGGCCCCCGCAGAUUCAUCAUUCCGAGUCUGAUCUCGAGUCUGCAGUCGGGACGUCACAGGUGAACUUUGCUGGAGGGAGCAAGAGCAAUUGUCCUGUCGGGGUCCACGGCGGGCCUCCUAUCCAGGGUCUGGAGGGGCUUGAUGGGACUGCUUCCGACGAGGACGGUUCGUUUAUCUUCGAAACCCAGUCUGACGAUUCUUCUGAGGGCAACGUGUUGAAUGGAACUGAGCAUGGCAACGGUGGGCAGGGUGGUAUAACUUCUUUUGAGCCUGUGGCGGGUCAGGCGACCGAGAAUACCGCCGGACAGGCCUUCGAGAUGGACAAUGAUUUUCAUUAUACUUUGCAAGCCGUUCAAGGUACGGGUCCCAUUGAUUUUGCAGAAGGGGCUGGCGAUGCUAUGGAGAACGUGAAUGAUGACGGUGGCGGAUAA